UGCCACGAACUUCAUACUGAUAAUGACGUUUUGACCCUUGAAAGGAAUUGGGGAAUCUGCGUGCUUCUCUCUCUAAAUCUAUACAUCUCAUCAUUUCUCUCUCCUUGUCCCUAUUAGACUUCAACCGCAACAGCUCUUUUUGAUGGAUCGAACACUCGUCGAAGCCGAUUGGGGGAACUUAACAAAUGGUACGACCCUAAGUCACUGAGUUCUUUAUCCGAUUGGGAGAUUUUGGUACCGUCGGUGGUGUCGGAGGGGAGGCGGUGGUGGUUCGGCCUCGUUGAGCUCGUCCGUGGUCAGAUUUUUGCAGAAGCGAGACAUCAGUACACCCGUGAAGCAAAGAGAUUGGGUUCUGAUUUGCGAUUUGGGGAUCGUCAAGGGCUUUGGUGCUCUGUUCUUUGUAUUGAUAUAUGUGAUUACAUUUAAGCUUAUGUGUAUAGAUGCAGAGAGAGAGAGAGAGAGAGAGAGAGAGAGAGAGAGAGCAUGGAGUAGAAUUUGGAAACAUAUACUAUGGUGGUUUCUGAAUACCAAUCCAGUUUUGAGAAAACGUGUUUUAUUCCCAAUUUGGGGUUGGGAUUGGAGGGGCCAUGGCUGAGAAAAUGAGGAGAGAGGAACAAUGGUUUUCUCCGUGAGGGGAAAACUCUGGUUUGAGGGUAUAAAGGGCAAAUGGUACAACUAUGUCGUGGCACUAAACAACUGUGUCAUGGGAUUAGUGGCAUCCUUAUUUAAUUAUGUUGAAAAUCGAGAGUGUGACAAGGAUGAUGGCGCCACGGCCGGUGGCAAUGGUCAUAUAAAAAGGGUCAUGCAACCAGCAGUUCAAGCCGCAAUUCAUCCUUAUCAAGUGAUUAUGAAUCUAGGAGCUCUUCGGGAAGUGAUUUUGAUGCGGAUGAUGCAAAGUCGAGGGGCGAGAGACCAAAGAAUUUUCAAAAACUUCAAUGGGGAGUGAGUGCUGAUGUUUGAAGAAAACAAGGGUCUGAAUUCUUUUCCUUAGAAAAAAAAAAAAAGAGUUCCAAUUGAUGGGUGGUGAAUUUGAGGUGUAAACUGAUACAAUGAAUAUGCAUCCAUUAGUAAUGAGGAAUGAGCUAAAUUGUGUAACGGUUGUGAAGUAAUUUGUGGUGAAUUAAAUGCAUUAGAUUUGAUGUUUUAGUUAUGGUUCCUAAAUUAGAACCAGAGGAAGAUUGGUGUUUCACAUUCUUUAGUUGUGUUAAAUUCACCAUUUGCCACAACAUGCGUAAGCUUUGGAGG